GCCGAUAUUUCAGUAGGAGCCAGUUUGUCGUUUUCGCCUGCGUAAACAGCGUGGCCGCUUGACGUCAUUGUUAUUGAAGACACGUAACCCCGCCUUUUGUGAACGCUGUAACGCGCGAGCCCGUGUAUCUCCGGCAGUAUUGCGGAGUGGCGGAUCUGCGUCGUGUUCAGGCUCCUAAUGCGUCUUACAGGCAGCUGAGUCAGUCACAGUCGCGUCGACUUUAAAGCUGAGGAUCCACACGGGGAAUAAACAUGUCGAGGAACCAGAGGACGCCGCAGAAAAACACCGACACUGUGGUGGAGGUGAAAAGCAAAUUUGAAGCAGAAUACCGGCGAUUUGCACUACAGAGGAACGGCAAAGUCAGCUUCCAGGAAUUCUACCGGCUACUGCAGAAAGUGCACCAUAUUCCAGGUGUUGACGUGCUACUGGGCUACGCUGACGUCCACGGAGACCUGCUUCCCAUCAACAAUGACGACAACUUCCACAAAGCGCUGUCUUCUGCCAAUCCUCUUCUGAGGAUUAUCAUCCAGAAGAGAGAUGUGGACGAGCCUGUGGUCUUUGGGACAAACUCUCUGCAGAGAAGAAAGAAAGGCCUGGCAGGUCUGCGUGCUACCCAACAGAAGAGUAAAUCGGGUCUUUUGAUCGGCUUCCCACAGGACUUCCGCCAGAUCUCUUCCAUCAUCGAUGUGGACAUCCUGCCUGAGACACACCGCCGUGUACGUCUGCACAAGCAUGGCACCCACAAACCUCUGGGCUUCUACAUUCGCGAUGGUGUGAGCGUUCGUGUCACCUCACAGGGCGUUGAGAAAGUGCCCGGUGUCUUUAUCUCACGUCUGGUUAAAGGCGGCCUGGCCGAGAGCACAGGACUGCUCGGGGUCAAUGAUGAGAUACUGGAAGUCAACGGCAUUGACGUGGCUGGCAAAUCACUGGACCAGGUUACAGACAUGAUGGUGGCCAACAGUCACAACCUUAUUGUGACGGUCAAACCAGCCAAUCAGCGCAACAACGUGAUGCACAGAUCGAGCAAAACCUCAGCUGGCAACAACUCGGGUGGCUCAGGAGGAUCUGUGCUUUCCCAGGACUCCAUUCCUAGUCCUGCCUCACAAACUGUUAGCCAGUACAGUAACAGCAACAGUGUAUUGGAAGGAGACAGUGAUGAAGAUGAAUCCGACCUCAUUAUCGAGAGUGACAACUUGCUUGCCUACACGCCACAUCAUCUUACCAAUGGAAAUGGCAUCGUUUCUUCUUAUGGUCAGAGGUCACUCCCACAGAGCGUCUCAUUGCCUAGUACCAGCUCUAUGAGCUCGCACAACAGCAGCCCCAAUAAGACGAGCAGCAGCCAGGAGAGCAUGAGAGAGGACGGCAACUUCAUCACAUUGUGAAACACCUCAUAAUAUUUAAUCAUAUUAAAGACUUUUAUGCACAACUAGUACAACGUGAAGGCUACAUGUUUAUGGUACUGUACCUACUGUCACAAAACAUCAAGAUGAUGUUGAUCUCUAUAAGAACUCACCACCCCAGCUGAAGGGGAAUGUGACCAUAGUGGAGCUGGUGGUGGCACACGUGACGUGGACCAUCUCCGAACUAACUAUGUGCACAUCACCCCAUGGAAGUGCCUUAUGGACAUAUGGUCGCAUUUUUACAGAAUAAAUUAACUAAAGAUCAUUCAUGUCAUACAGCAAAGAUACAUUGUGCCACAACUAAUGAAGGAGCAGCAACUAGCACACAAACACAUACUCUGUGUUGUUCACAGUGGUGUUGAUGCCUUGAUGCCUAGUCCGAUCUCCACCUGUACUAUAGUAUUGGUGGAGUCUGUGUUCUCCAUCACAUGAACUCAGCAGAAACACUGGAAUGUUUAUCUGAUGCUUCCUGCAUGUCAAAAUGGCAUAGUAGCAUUGGUAUGAUGAAGAAUGAUGAAGAAUUUAAUAACGCACCUGUAAUAGUACUGUUUUGUUCCAUGAUGUAUGUGUUAUGCAUCUCUGAUAUCUGUGAUUUAGGCUCCAGGAAACUUUGUUAGGAAACACCAUGUUAUUUUUAUAGCAUCAAUGAUACAUAUACAUUCUAGCUGUGGCUUUCCCAUUUGCUUCUCCUCUACACUAACUAACAGUCUGCCUUUCACCAUACAACCUCUUCUUAAACAUGCCUUUGAUGGUGUAAUUUUGGGUAUAAUUUGCUGCUGAAUGUGAUUCAGCAUUACAAGUCUGUCCUAUGUUUUAAAAUCCAUAGCAAAUAGACACCAAAUGAUUGCAGCCAAAAGGAAGAGGAACAAUACAGUAACCUACACCUUGCAUGAGGAAAUGGCAGAAAUCCAGUUCUAAUGAUGUUUGAAAGAGAAGUUCACACUCUUAUCAACUCUUGCUAUCAGAUUCCACUCAUUCUCACUUAGCUGUGUUCAUGUUCCUCUGCACUGAAAUUCAGCAUCUGACUCAUUUCAUUUCUCUCAAAAUGCACAUUGUUUCAGAAGGUAUCAUCUACCCAAGACCUCUCUCACCUCAAGCUGCUUAAAGAGUUUUGAACCCAGGGAUAGCUGCUUGACCCCAGACUCGGGUGGCGUCUCUGCUUUUUGAAGAUGGCUGCCUAUAGAUGCCUACCUGGGGUUGUUAUCCACUCUCCCUAGAAAUAUAUCAAUAAUAGAUGUUUUACUCACACUGAGUUGUGCCUCAGAUAGAGAUAGGGCGCCUUGACCUCAUGUGGACCCAGCUGUCUGCGUGCUGUCUUAUGUGCUGUAUGUAUUUUUUUUUUUAAAGUAAAUUCCUUUCAUGUUUAUAAAGGCUAAAAUUCAGCCUGACUGGGGAGCUGGUUUGUUCAGUCCUCUCCUGCUCUCCGUUUGUGUGUGUAAAAACUCAACAAUGGAGGAGAAUGAAGGAGUUGAAGGAGCUAAAUGUUGAAUCAAAAUGUUGACUUUUCACCACCGUUCCAUCUUUUUAAAAGUAGAUGAAAUGUGGCCAGCAAAAACACAAAAUAUGCCAAAGUGUUUAGAAACCUGUGGAUAGGUGUGUUCCUGGCAGGUGUAGUUUCAUUACUGGAGCCUUCCUUAUUUCCACCUCAUCAUAUUUAUUUCCACUCUGUCACAUUAAAGUUAUAUUUAACAGGUCUUCGAUUGAGAGAGGCUUCAGAACCGGGUUUGUUUUGACAUACCCAGACACAACGUCUGCAAAUCUAACACCUCUGAUUCACUGGGACAGCUGGAGUGAACAUGAACUAAAAGAUGGACACAAUCGAAGUGGAAGGGCAUUUAAAAGGGACCGGACAGCUGGAGGGGUAUUUCUGGGAACUCGAGAUUUGUCAUCCUACUCUGAUUAGGUUAUUUAAGAGGAUUUAUUUUUAGGAGAAAUUGUUGCAAAUGCACUGGUUAUUAUUUCUGAAGGGCAGUAUAAAAAGAUAUUCAUAUAUUUCUCUCUGUCUCGUUAAUCAGUUUCUAAUGAUAUGAACAGCACACAAAUUGGAAUAACAGCCACCAAAAUAAAAAGUACCAUAAACCUAAUUUUUUAUGUAUGUAAAUGUGUAUGUAUAUAUACAAUGAGAAAAUGAAUUACAAUUUUGUAAACGAGCCCUUUUUAUUAAAAGCGCAGUAUAUAUACAGUAUAUGUGUAAAAUAUGGAAAGUAUUUUUCUUAUUCUUGUACUUUUGUAUGUAUAUUGGAAUCCAGGAGAAGACGUUUCUAUUUCUUUUGUGUGUGUGAUGAAGCAAAUGGAAAUCUGAAGAAAUCUAUGAUUUUACUCUAAUCCGAUGGGUGGAGGUGUAUCAUACUGUGAAUGCAAAUAUGCGAAAUUUUAAAUUGUUCUAUGGAAAUAAAAGUAUUCAAAACAA